GGAGGCCUUUCGUAGAAAGAGGUUGAGGAAAAACCAAAAUUGUCAACAAGGCCUAUUCUUACGGGUAAAAAAUGUUGUUACUCGGAGGGUAAUCUUGACCCAUUAUGAUGUGGUUUUUUUGAGUAAGAUGAAUUAUAGAUGAGUAAGUUUCAUUAUUUGCUCUUUUAAAAUGUCUUGCCGGUUAAUAUUGCGCAGUUCGAUAACGGAUUUCAAGGGACUAACUACUUAUUUGAAAGAUGGCCAAGAAUCGCAAAUGUGCCCGCAAGGAGAAGAUCAAAACAAAGACACCAGACAUGGUCAUAAAGAUGAUUCAGUUAAACAGGAACCUCAAGCAAGAAGUCCUAGCAAGCCAUCUUCAUUUCUUUCAAGCUGCUUCUUGUCUCUUUCACCAACUGAAGAUUUGAUGGUAAUAGCAAAUAAGAAAAGAGCAGUAUUUAUAGCAAAGAAAUGUUCUCCAAAGUCAAAGGAUGAUCCACACCUUUGGAAUGAUGUUUAUUGGAAAGGAGAGUUGUGUCAAGAUGAAGAAGAACAAGUCUCUGCUGUUUUAUGCGUACCACUUGCAUCACAGCAAAGGUCAUCUCAAGGUUCUCCAGACUGCUCUUGUGUUAUUGUUGGAUUCACAUCAGGAUAUGUCAGAAUAUAUCUGCAGACUGGCGUGCAGUUGUUAUCUCAAUUUCUUCAUGAUGGUCCUGUCAGUGGACUGGAUUUGAGAACCAAAUUAUCAGUAAAAGAUGCAAACUCAAUUGAUCAGGGUGAAGAACUCAUAAUUCUGUAUCCGAAUGCUAUUGUUGUGAUUGAUGGAUUCAGCCUUUUUAUGGCAUUAAAAGCAUGCAGAAAUCAGAUUGCCAAAGCUCAAGCAAGCAAAACCCAAGAAGUUAUACAGCCGCCUCCUCUGGCCUACAGAAAGUGGAGAUUACAUGGCCAAGAGAAAGUAUACGACAUAGUCAACUGUGGAAUGGUCACGCAGACCGUGUUUGACCGCCUCGUAGUCAGCUCGUUCAAUUCAGAUUCCCGCCAAAUAGCCUCUUCUGGGACUAGAAAAUUUAUCACCAGUGGAGUAGAUCCUUUUAUUGGCUGGUACGAACUGAAAGAGGAAAACUCAGCCCCACUCAUGUCAGAAGUUGCAUUUAAUGUGGCCAGCAAGCUGACAACAGCGUUCAUUUCAAGCAUCUCGCAUGCAACCAGUGACUGGAUUGGGUUAGGCCUCGCAAGCAAGUUCCGAUCCCAGCCUGCCAAGGAUGCCAAACCUCCAAAGCCGCCUGUUGAAAUGGGAACGCCAAUCAAAUUAAGAUAUGGAAUACCCGAUAAACGAAGACAAGCCGAGUCGAUAUUUCUUUCUCCUGAUGGCAGCCUGGCUGCGUGCACGGACGACUUUGGUCGCAUAUUGGUGAUAUCUAAUGAUACUGGACUCGUUGUCCGAAUGCUCAAAGGUUACAGGGAUGCACAAUGCGGUUGGAUUGUUGUUGAUGAUCGCCAAGACGAGCAAAUAGGCGUCGGUGAAACCGAAAAGAAAAUUCGUCAAGCGCUCUUUCUUGUUAUUUACGCUCCGCGAAGAGGGAUCUUGGAGAUCUGGCUGGCUGAGCAAGGUAACCGAGUUGGUGCGUUUAACGUGGGCAAAGAUUGCCGACUGAUUUAUAAUGGUUACGGGACACUUGGUAGUCGUGUCAGUUCAUUUGGAGCCUCUAGCGCUGAAAUCGUGUCUUGCUUUUUAAUGGAAGGCAACGGGUCUUUAUCGUCUAUCAGUGUUCCAUUUCACUGCUCGUUAAGUUUGCUGCACAGUCUAAGAGCUAGAGAUAGCUAUCUUCUUCAAAAAAUAGCUGUAACCCUCGAGAAAGGCUUUACACAGACCAAAGAAGACGAUCAAAUAGCCACAUUGAAGCAACUAUUCCAAGAAAUGGAAGCGCCUGAAACAUUUUUCCAGGCAGUGCAAAAAACUGUAUCCAGUAAGAAAUUGUCCUCCAGAUCUAUGAGCAAAUGCAUUUCAUCCAUCAAAGAAAUCUUAGCUGAAAAAGCGGAGAACACUGGCCCUGGUAAUGAUAUUGAAUAUAUUGCCGAAUUGAAUGGCAUCAUCUCAGUUUGUCAGAACAAUCUAAAUUUAAUAGAGCUCUAUGACUUUCAAAAACUGCUACACGAUGCAACUAGCAAGGACAGCAGCUUAGAUUCCACUAUGGUUACUCCCGAGGACCUUACACAGUUGUUGAGACUAUCAGAUAAAGACAAGCAAUUUUUCCAUGAUGCUCAAGGUUUAGAAAACGAAGCAAAAGAAAUAAACGAAAAUUUGAAAAACGAACUGACUGUGGCAGAGUUUUUGGACUUUUUCGUCGUUGAUGCGCAGGUUCACAUGAAUCAAAGAGAUAUACCGAGAGGGGAGACAAAAAUGCAAAUUAGGCUGCCAGAGGACCUCAAGAUUACAAGGAAAUUGGGACAGCUAUUCUAUUUGCCAUUCAUUGAAAACUUGGUUCCUUUGGCACGGCUAAGAAAUCUCAUUGACUCGCCCUAUUUUGAUGCCGAAGCAUGCAUGUGUCUUCUGAUAACAUAUUGUCAAAUUGAAAAUCUGAAUGUUUCAAAACUUGAAAUUGUUUACCGAAUAAUGGAGUUUCUUCUAAAAGGCGCUGCUGGUGAUGCAACAGAGACCAAAGAUAGUCUUCUUGAUAUUUGGAGACCAGUAAGAGCCUUACUUGAGGUGUCAAAAUCAGUCAAGAAUUGUCUGUUGCUAGCGUAUCUUGGUAGAGGCAUUUCAACGAAUCUACAAUCUGAGAAUGAAGUAGAUGGACAAACUCCCUUAUGGACUGAUGUUACUGAAGAUAUAGAAGAAUGGAAUGAACUUAUCAAAAAACUAGAGGAUGUGUUUAUGUUGGCAAGUUUCCUGCAGAAGGGUCACUUUGAUGACGAAGAAAACAACCAGGCUACCCCGUGGCAUCUAAAAUUGUCUAUUAAAGAUAUUCUAGCUGGCGGCAAAGGAGCCAUUUCCCAGAUCGUUGCAGCCCAUGUUGUAAGGUGCAGGAUUCCCGGCCCAUGUGUUGUUGGCGUUACUCUGCUUGAAGCAAAUGAAGUCAAAAAGAGCAGCCCGGCGAGCCAGCACCAGGCGGUCAACAGUGAAAUUCUCCAAGCGCUGAUGGAGUUACAGAAUCGAUUUCCACUGAGUCUGGAAAAAGAUAUUUUACUUGCCCAUUGUUGCUGGGAAUGCAUUCUGCUUUGGAAGAAGGAUAUCGAGGAUGUUUCAGUAUUAUCCAGUGCUGUUGUACAUCUUUCGUCUAUCUCAAGCAAUAUUCUCAAGCAAGGCCUCAUGGUAUUGUUUUGGAAGGCCAUAUUCAAAGAAAGCAUCAAGAUGACCUUUAAUCUUAUCGAAAAGAUUGGCAAAGCCCCCAAGGAUCGACUAUGUAGAAAGCAUAUUGGGAUGAGCAGCACUGCAUUAGAAACAUACCUUCUUACAGCGCAUCGGUUGUUGUAUCAAGCUCUACAGACUGAAGACUCUUCAAAUAUUGACUUUCCAGAAUUUCAAACGGAGUCAAGAUGGGAAAGCAGUUCUGGAAAAAAUUCUUCUAUAAUUGAAAGUGCGUUAGACGAGGCAAAAUGUGGAAUUUUAUCGCUGAAAAAUGUGUGGAACGUAACAGUUACACUAUGGUUGAUAAUUUUAACUGGCAUGAAACAGAUUACAUGUUCGAUGCUGUUCCUCCCUGAGGAGACACGUGCUGCGACCCAGACCUUUCCCGCACCGUGCAGUUUACCAGAGGAAACCGAUGCAUCCAUACAGAAAGCCAGAUCGAAGUUUUGCCUCAACUGUUUAUCUUUGAUUGUGGAGAAGUACUCCUGCUCAGACAGAGAUGAUCUUCAGCAGGAAAUAAUGUCAACAGCUGGCGAAGUGUUUGGACUCGCAAAUAAUUUCAAUACAGACGAUGAGAUUCUUUGGAAGAGUUUCACUUUGGAGCUGUUUUUAUCAGGCUUGGACAAUGCAGCUUAUGAGGCGAUGUUAUCGGUGCAUCACAAAGACGAACUGGUCGAACCACUACUUAAGAUCUGUGGAUCAAGAUUGGCAGCCAUUCUUUUGGAAACAACAGAAACCUCCACUCUCACCAAGGUCUUAUCGAGUUUACCUACACACAUUACUAGCUGGCUCCAAAUCCAGUCUGCUGGGAAAGAGGUAGCAAGGAAGUCUACAAUUAACGACAAUAUCAAAUUACUAAAUAACAUCUUAGCCUUCAGUUCAUCACAGAAUGACUUUAUUAAGGAUCUUGUAGAAUGUUUAGAAAUUUUUUUGUAAUGUUUAAAAUAAAUGACGGGAAAAUAUAAAAUAGAAUACAUUUAAAUACUGUUGAUAAGCAAUAUCCAAAAAAGUAUUUUUAAA